UGUCAUUAGAAAUUCUUCAAAGAAAGUUUUAAACCCAGAGACUGGUGAAGAAGUCCCUUAUAGCUCCAUCAAAGAGGAAUUGAAGGACACUGUUGAAAGACUCUUCUAUGGAAAUUUAGCAGAGCUUGAAAAUGGCCUGGAGGAAUAUCUAGAGGGGGUAGACCAAGCCAAGACUGUCAGUGAUUUGGCAUUGCAGCUUGGAAAGUUGUUACAUGCAGUGUUACCACGGUUCUAUCGGGGAAUGUUCCAUUUGGACAACAAAGGAUCUGAAGAAGCCAAACAAAGAUGGUUAGAUGCAGUCAAUAAAGCAACAACAGUGUCUAGAUGUCAUCUGCUACUUGGAAUAUUGGCUUCUCUUGUGAUAUGGGAUAUGUCAGCAGAGCAUGCGCGAUGCAAGAUUUGUGGGCGCAAAGAUAUUGGUAAGACGCUGAUACUGUGUGACCAUUGUAACCAAGGUUACCAUCUGCAUUGUUUACGGCCAGCGCUAUCUAAAGCGCCCGAGGGAGACUGGAGCUGCCCUGUUUGUAAGCCAAAUGAGAGGGUCAGCAGUCGGACAGGAACCAAGAAUUACAAACAGGAAAGUGGAAGUGAGAUUGAAGAUUCAAAAGAUGAGGCAAGUGAGGCCAGUUUGAAUAGUUGCGAUGAAAAUGAAGAUUACUGCUACACAUGUGGAGAAGAUGGUGACUUGAUCUGCUGUGAUACGUGCCCGCUGGUUUUCCAUAAAACAUGUCAUCAGCCACCUCUUAGGAACAUACCACGGGGUGCGUGGAGUUGUUGGUUCUGUCGCCAGCCAAAGGAUCAGAAGAGUGUGAAAGUUCGUAAAUCGGAGAAGUCCGUAAAAGCCAAAGGGAAGGCGAAAAAGCUUUUAAAGCGAAUGGGAAGCUUUGUAAGAGAAUCUGAGCAGAAGCAACCUCACAUGCGAAUCAAGACGGCGUCGAAGCGAAUUUUUCAGAAGCAUGCACGUGACGGAAGAAAAAGAGCGCGUGAUGCACGUGCUAGAGCUGUUUCAAGAGCCCGUCCAAGUUUGGAGGACAUUUCUGAUGAAGAAAGCAUCGAUGGUCGAGGCAAUCAGAAACCUAGAAGAGUGUCCAGAAGGCUUCAGAGGAUGUACCAACAAGUUUCUGAAGAUGAAUUGGAAGAAAACAGCACAAGGGAUACGAAUGUAAAAUCGUUUUAUGGUAAGACCAACAGAAAAGUGAGCAAACGGGAAGUCUUCAGUGAGGAAGAUGAUGACUUGAUAGAGGAAAGGGGAAGGAAUGCCUGUAGGAAGACGCGUGCGCACAAUAGGCCUCAGAUUUCAGAUGUUUCUGAAGAUGAGGGAGACGAUGACGAAGAUUCCGGAAAGGAAAAUCGCAAAAUUAGUCCCUUUGCAUCGUUUCAAAAGACUACAUACAGAUCCACGAGGAAUCACCGAAAAGUUCCGAGCUCUUCCGAAGAAUCUGAUGAGAGUGGAUACACUGAAGAUUCUGAGGAGCUUAACAAUGGCCGUCUUUCAAGGAAAAAAGGCAAAAAGAACGCGAAGAAUUUAUCUGUAAACAAAGCCGGACGAAAGGCAGCAAGGAAAACUAGAAGAACCGAAGAAUCAUCCGAGAAUUCCAAACGACGACGUGCCAAUGUUGAGAUGGACACUUGUGAGCAAAUUUUACGUGCACUUGUUCGUCACGAAGACAGCUGGCCGUUUACACAAGCGGUUAAUGUUCGUGAGGUCCCAGACUACCUGGAUCUUGUUUCAACCCCCAUGGACCUGGGUACCAUCAAAGGAAAACUGAAUAGUUUAGAGUACCCGGAUGUGGACAGCUUUGAAGCUGAUGUUCGGCUUGUAUUUUCAAACAGUGACAAGUACAACUUGAGCACUUCAGAGGUUGGACAAGCUGGCAAGAAACUGGAACAGUACUUUGACAAAAUAUUUGAAGAGAAUUUCUCAAGCAAGGACAGGAAAUCUAAAAUCCAUCGAAAACGAUGAUCAAGAGCUUUAGGCAUAUCACUAGCGACAAAAUACUUGAAAUCAUGAAAGUUGAAUCAGAUCGUUACAUUCAUUUGGUAGUAAUUAGAAAAUAAAAGUCAUUAAUGGAAAUAACAUAAAGAGGAACCGAAGGCGAGAACUUAACACGUUCAAUACAGAUGUGGCUACUUUGAUUUUCGUGUUGAGUUUUUUUAUUUUUGCGAAGAUCGGAAAAAAAAAAUGUUGAAAUUACAAUAUGUUCAUCACCCGUUCCGUUUUUAGCGUUUGUUCUUGUUGUGUUCCGAUAGCCUAAGUUUGUAUCUGGAUAAAUGGUUUGUUCCAACCGUUAGAAAACAAGGCCUGUUAUUUUCUUUUUUAAUUUUUAUAUAUUAAAGCAUUUUUUGAUCCUGAAUAUUUUUUUCUCAUUACUGCUCUGUUAAAUAUUACUUUUUAAAUCCUCUUCAGUCCUUUCACGAAAAGGAUUGAUCAAUGUGUAAUAAGACAAUAAAGUUUAUGUUUUGGGCCCGA